AUGUUUCGUCAACAAGCAUCCAUAAUAUCGUCAUCACUUAAUCGUCAAAUAAGGCUAAAAUCCCACCAAGUUCCAAAAUUCCCAAAAUUAGAAAAUAUCACAGUUAAAGAUCUUGGAUUUGGUUCAGAAAUAAAUACUUUAGGAUUUUCAAAAACUUAUAAUUUACAAAGAACAAAAUUUAAUAAAUUACCAAUUUAUACCGAAUAUAAAGGUGGAAAUGUUCCAUAUACAGAAUUAAGAAAAAUUCAUGGUGAUAUUAUACAAUUAAGAAAUGAUUUACAAGCUGCUUUACCUGAAGCUAAAUUAGAUGAUUUUAAAGUUAUUAUGGAAUCUAAAAAAAUAUUAAUUAAAGGUAAUUAUAAGAAAAAAUUAAAUUCAAUUUUAAGUCAUAGUUUUUAA